AUAUUUUUAAUUUUAAUUAAAAUUUCUAAUUUUCUAAUUUUCUAAUUUCCUAAUUUUCUAAUUUCCUAAUUUUAAUAAUUUUAAAAUUUAUAUUAUUAUUUUAGAUGAAUUUUAAUCGAUUAUGUUUUUUGUAAAAUAUUUUUUGAGACUUGAAUGAAGUCGGGAUUCUUGAUUACUGAUAAUCCUAAAAUCUCACUUUUAAGUGAAAAACCUAAGGAAUCAGACCACUCUCUCGGCACACGGAAAUAUAGGUGUGAUGAUUUUGAUUUCGAGAGGAAUAUUGGUUCUGGUAACUUUUCCAAUGUCUGGCACGUCACCCUCAAAUCCAACCCCUUCAUCUCAUACGCACUCAAAAUCUACAAUAUCUCAUUGGUGAAUAGUAAGAAUCACGAGAACUUUGUGAAGCAGGAGCGUGCUUCUCUAUUAUGUUUAAACUCUCCGGGGCAUAAGAAUGUUAUUAAACUCAUCGACACUUUCAAAGAUAACUCCAACGUCUAUCUCAUCUACGAACCCGCCACGGAAGGAGAGUUAUGGGAUUUAGUUAAGUAUUCUGGCUCGAUUAGUGACGAGUUUGCGAGUUGGAUUAUUCACCAGGUGCUUGACGGGCUUGAGUACGUCCACUCCAAAGGCAUUAUUCACAGGGACCUCAAGUGCGAAAACAUCGUUAUCGCCCAAAACACACUCAAAAUCAUCGAUUUUGCCACCUCCAAACACCGUAACACAAACGACUCUAUUACACACAGUACACCACAGGAUACACUACAGGAUACACUGACACAUAGUAAACAUAGUAAACAGGAUAAAUCAUUGAGAAGAACGUUUGAGUAUUAUGUGGGAACCCCGAAUUUUAUGGAUCCUGAGGCGAUAAGUAACGCUGACAGUGGUUUUAAAAGAGAUUUCUGGAGUCUGGGUUGUCUUAUGUAUCAAGUUCUCGUGGGCAGGCCUCCGUUCUACGGGUCCACAGAAUAUUUCAUCAUCGAUAGAGUUAGGAAAUUUGAUCUGUCGUUUCCUCCCUCCAUUAAUCCAGACGCUAAAGACUUAAUACUAUCACUACUGAGGGACCCCGAGGACAGGUUAGGAUUUGACCAAAUUCGCGCACAUCCCUUUUUAACCUCUAAUAAACCAAAGAAUUUACUCGGAGAAUUCAAGUCUAUACGUGAAACCUGUUGUAAAAUCGGGAAACUGCUGCUUGAACUUGAGAACACAAGGGAACCCGAACCCUCCCAAGAAUUCACCAACAAAUUUAACACACACAUUAAUACCAUAAGAAAUGAAUUUACAGAUACAGAGGAAUGUAAUAGUAAUUGUGUAUUGGAAAGAGUAAUAGAAUUAAUGUAUUGGAUGUUAGAAGAGACAAAGAGGGAAAUAACUAAAGAGAUAGCCGAGGCGAAUAAAUAUUUAUCUUGA